UUUGAAGAAUAACUGAUGGAAUUUUCCUCCGAGUGGCAAAUUGCAAAAUGAAAAUCAGAUUAAGAUGCAAUUAUUGGUACGACAUUUAUUUCAGCAAUGACAAUACCCAUGACGGUUUGCUGUUAAUUAUCUAAGUAAUUGGCCGUGUAGGCAUAUGUUUAUCACUUGACUGGUGUUCUUCGCAUGUUUACAAAUACCAGAUAAUUGUUCCGUGAAUCAAUGUUCACCGCUAAAUGUCGUGGAGACAAAAAUACUUAUCAGUAUUGACAUAUGGAACGAUCUAUACGGUAUGUCAUCGACGAACUGUUUAAUAAUACUUUCAAGUAUGUUUUGAAUAUAUUAACUGAUUUCGAAUAUGGAUGUUUCAUACUCAAAAAGGAUAUGAUAUCAUAUGAAAAAAUAUGUAUUGAAAUUCAAGGGUAUAACAAAUGAUUCAUUCCGGAAAUAUACAAAGGAGUGUUGGUACAUUUGUAUAACAUUGGAACACUUACAUAGCACACUGCAUCUGAAACAUGGAUAAAGAAAUAACAAAGAUAAUGUUGACAAUUUCGGAUACCGCGGAUGAAUCUCAUUCUUGUAACGAUUUCUCGGAAGAAGAUAGUUUCCAAAACUUGAAUAUUUUGCAAAUACCAAGAAAACGUGCCACAUCCUGUGGAACGGUAAAAGAAAGGAACGGGUUCAUUAAUGACGACAUCAGACCAAGAACAAAUAGUAUGCCGACAAGAGGCACAAUUGAAAAACCAGACACACAAAACUUAAAGAGGCAACUUUUUCAAUUGAGCAAAAGUUCUGACGAUGAAAUUUAUAACGUAAGAUCUUUUGAAAUAAACUCCAAAGGAGUUAUAAUAAAAAUGCCUGAUUCAGUACGCUCAAGAAGUGCAAGUAGUAUUUAUUCUUUAGACGGAGAAUUUCAUACAAACUCUGCACAUUCUAUUGCAUCUAGCUCAGUCUCAAGAGAAAGUUUAGGAGAAUCUCUUCAUGUCAUGUCACUUUCAGUGUUAUCACCUUUACUUGUCAUGGUCCUCGGUGAACCUAGCGUUGGGAAAACAGGCUUGACCCAGCAAUUUAUGACAAUGGAAUACUUGGGUGGAUUUAAUACAAGUGUUG